UUAUCGCUUUUUUUCAAAUUUCAUUAAUAGGUUCCCCUUGAUUAAAAAAAAACGGAGGGAUGUUUGUCAAUUUUGACAUGUAGCUUCCAUGUGUUCAUGUUAGCAGAUAAGUAAGAGGGGAAAAAAAAGAGAAGAUCGGCCUGACAUGGAAUUUAUAAAGAUCGUUUAAUGGUGGGUGCACUGAAAGGAAAAUUAAAGAGGAUUUGGCACGAGUUGUAUUUUGGUUCAACCUCAUCAGAUGGAUAGCUUCAAAAGGUGCUACAACCAAGGUCCAUGAUCUGGCCAUAAAGAAUCGUGUUAGCACUAUUACUUGAUAAGUACAUUGUACUUCCAGGAUAAUUAUCAAUCAUACUUCAUACAUUGUAUGUAGGUCACCUAGAUGGGGAAACAAAAUGGAGAACGGCAGCCAUCUAGGAUUCUGAUGGUCGAAGUUUGAUAUUGCUAUUUCUUGAAAGUAAGGAAAGGAGAUUUCUUAAACUUGAUGUGUACGCUCCAAGAUGUGUCUACAAUUUUGAGCCUGAUCGGGUAAAAUAAGGCAAGACCAGUGGCCAUCAUGGAUUUAUAGCCCACUCUACUCGGACACCAGUCCCUCCAUAAACAAUCGCUGUUUACACAUUUUUUGUGAACUACUGGGAGGAAUUUCAUUUGUAUGUUCCCCUUGAUCCUUAGUUGUGCCCAUUUCAUUUACAAUCUGAUCUAGAAAACAAAAUGGCAGACAGGCGACUGUCUCUGAUUUUGACAGUUUAUUGCUAUUUCAAAUGUACAUGUAAAAGUCUGAUGUAUAAUCUUUAAACAUCUCUAUAACCAUGAGGCCCAGGGUCAUGAUAUUGGGACAGAAGCAGCUCUUCAGUUGAAUGUGUAGAAGAACGGGUCGGUAUCUCACUUAGCUGACGGAGCAUGCUUCUUUGGCUCGGGAGGUUGAGUCGUGGCUAAUCACACCGGAGACCCAGGUUUGAUUCCUGUCGGGGCUCUCAGCAGGAGUGUGUUUUUCCCUAUUCUUUCACAAAUGACUUUUGCCUACCUUCAAGGUCAUACUGGUCAUGCGCGUUAAAUUCUUAAUUCCAAAACAUACAAAACAAUAGCAAUUGGAGUGUAUUUCAGAACUGGUGUUAUUGUUAAGGCCCAUUGGCCUCUUGAUACUGUUGUGGUCUAAAGACGCUUAGACAUGUUACUAUGUUUCCUUUUUGCCCCUUGUACACCGAAAUUUAUUGAUAAAGAAAUUUGAUUAUAUCUGUAUUAUGAAAAUUACAUCUAUUAAUGUUAACUUUCAGUAUAUUUUCCCAACAAUAUACAUGUAUAUAUAUAUUUUUCUCAUUUUUUUUUAUUUUUCAAUGUUCACAUAAUACAUAAUAAUAUAAUCCUAAAACAUGGCACAAGCAUACUAAGAUUAUACAAAACUAUAGUAUUUAUACAUUUAACUUUCCCAACAAUAUAUGUGUGACAAUCUUUCAAAUUCCAGUUCCGGCAAGCUUUCCGUUUAUUAGAUUUGCCUUGGUCACGUGAUGUCCUCAUUGCUAAUGUAAACAACAUGGCGGCAUUUGAAAGUUUUCAGACGAGUAAUAUUGAUGUAUUGCAAAAGUAUCUGAACCAGAGAGGAAUAACUGUUUCAAACAUAAAAAAGCGGGAACUUAUUGAACUGUGUCUUGCUGUCCACAAUAUAGAUUUACCUAUAAAUCCCGAUUUUCGGAGGAUUUCGCCGAAGGAAAGUGUCUCACUCGAAGAACUAGGUAUCACAGAGGACCCUCUACGUAUGACUGGGUUUUCCAGCGAUCUAUCAAAAAUCCCGAACUUUACUCUUUUUGAUGUUUUUAAUCACAUUCUUUGUUCACGUGCUGAUUAUGACAAGCGUCAAUUAAAAACGUAUAAGUCUUGUGAUGACUACCGUCUUUUCUAUGAUGGCCACGUAGAUAAUUUGGAAUUCAAUCCACUUGGGAACAGUCGUUACUCUCUAUUCCGGGCGAAAGUAAGAUCAACGCAGACUCGGACUCAGACUGUGUCUGUGGUAGUUUAUGAUGUUUGGAUUUGUUUAGGGAAAAAACACGGAGACGUUGCUGUUGCAUACUGCACAUGCACCGGAGGGGCUCGUGGUGCAUGCAGGCAUGUAGGUGCAGUUCUUUAUGAGGUAGAAGCAUUUGAACCAAAGCCAGGCACAGAGGGAGAAAGUCAAUGGUGGAAACGGCAAAAUGCACCAAAUGAACAAGACUGCCGAGUUCCAAUAAAGAAGGCUAAGUAUGUGCCUAGUUUGACUUCAGUAACUCGACACUAAGUCUGGUUUAAUAUUGUUUAAUGUACUAUAAUACAGCUAAGCUCGGACAGCCUAGCUCCUGUGUGUGGUGAGUAUGUGUUUUGGGAGGCUGAGGUAUGUUCAUGUUUGUCUCCUUGUGAUAGCGUGGAACUAUAAUGCUGACUUUAUAGUGCUACCUCAC